AUGGCCGGCCGCAAAAGAAGAGAGACUCGUGCACGAUACAUUGUAUUUCGCCAUGCUGCUCGUGUCCAGCGCUUCCUCGCCAGUCUUGAAGACGACCGUCGACUUAAGCCAGGGCAUCAACAACUCCAUUCGUUUGUUGUUCCUGGCUUGCAAGGAGGCAAACACACGGUUGAUGUCACCCAAGACAUCACCGCAAAGUCAGUCCCGAAGCAGCUGACUGCAACUCAAGAGUUCUACGUCGAUACUCCCGAGUUUGCUAUACCCGAGGGCGAGAUCCAUUCUGUCUAUCCGCCUCCUGGGCACGAAGAGAGGUCUGAGACUUUGCCGCAUGUCGUUUUCAAUACGCCCGAAUUCCCGUGGGAAUGGCGAGCAAGCUACAUUGAAGAUCCGCCGGAUUACAAGCAAAAUAGGAACCGUGUCCCUUGGCUCGCUGUGCUGGUUUUUACCAAGGAUGAGCUUCAGUUGUCGCCAGACGACCUCCAGGGAGAACAAAGCAUCUUCCGCAAUACGAAGAAGCUCCCAGGCGGUGCGAAGCAAACCUCCACGCUGGCCGUCAACAUGCUCGUCAAAGAUGUGCCAAAGCUCGCAGAUACAGCGUCACCUGUGAAGCCUUCCCCAUCAGAGCCUGAUGCCACGACAGACAUCAUCUUCAUCAAGAAAGGGCUUUUCUCGACCCUCUUUGCCAAAUACGAUGACAAAGGCCAUGAAGACACGACCGCCACUCAGGCAGAUGUGCGCCCAUACAGAUUCCUGGCGCACAAGAGGGACAUCAACACAGAAGGCAUGGCUAUAGCGGCCCUCACAGCGACAGAGGAAGAUCAAUCCUCUUACGGCGUGGUCUUUUCCCACAGGACGGGACCGGUCACUAUUACCAAGCCGACGCAGAUUAUUGCCCACCUUGUUUCUAUCCGCAGCGUUGAGGUAAUGCCAUGGCCAGUAGCCAACGACAAGAGAUACGUGGCAAUGUCCAGCUUGCACAGUUGGAGCUACACAUGCCUCCCUCCUGAUACCCCCAGCAUCAAGAACAUGUUUGAGGCACUAGGACGAUCCAGUGCGAUGCUGCGUUCCAUUGUCCAGCUGGAUCAACUGAAUCCUCCAACUAAUGCUCCCAAGGCAGUGCAAGACCGAGUGUUGCAACGCCUGCACGACGGUUACGCUUUGGCUCGCUAUCGAAUGCAGACGGGAGAGCAGACAAGCUGCUUCAUCCGAGGGCCAUUCAUCCCGGUCAAGAUCCCGUCUGACAUUACUCGUCCAUGGCACUCUCUCUCCACUUCGGGCUCAGACCUACAGAUCCUCGACCAGCAGCUCGGUUUGAUGGACAUCACGUAUUCGGCAGCUUGGCAAAUUGGUCGAACUCUGGCCAUCUCAGACGCCGACCUUGUGUCGAGAAUCGGCCAGGUCCGCAAGCAGAUAUACGAUCGUGGCAUGCAUUACUAUCAGCUGGCCGCUUUGAAAGCCCACGGAACGCGUUCCAAGAGCGAACUCAUCGCACAGCUCCCUGCCAUGGUCGAUGCUCUGCAGAACUUGCACAAGACGGCCCAGCUUUGCACCUCGGAUGUCCAGGCUCGCUCUCGACGAUGGCUUCGCCACUCGAUAGAGCCUGUCGAUCUUUCGUAUAGCGGCCAUGAGGCACAUGCCAUGCGCUUGGCAUCAAACGAAGAGAAUAAACUUCCACAGUGCUUUCUCAGAGCCGCCAAAGAGAUUGCCAGUGCGAUUGACCCAGAGAAACCAGAUCAACCAUCUGAUGUACCUUACAAUGAGUUCAACACACCGUAUUCUCCCGAUUGGAUGGCUUUGCUCAAGUUUGUUCUUGACAAGCAGGUACUGGAGAAUAUCCCCUUUCACUAUCUGAUCCCGGAUAUCAGCGCCCUUCCGUUGGAGAGCAUGCGCUUCUUCCGGAUCGAUUGGCGCUGGAUGGACGCUCUGCUCGAUGGAGCGCUAAGUUUGUCCAAUUAUAUCGAUCAGGACCACGACAAGGUUCGCGAUGCCAUCUUUGGCGCCCUCAAGUGGUAUCACGAAACGGGCGUGGCCGAGCACGGAGGCGAAGUCCCUCCCGUGCCUGUCUAUGGCUGUCUGAUCCGCUCUAAUCUCAUUGUCAAGUUUCCCGAUAUGAAAGUCGAAGUCCUGCCUCUACAAUUGCCCGACAAGCCUCCCGUUCUGAUGAGACACAAGCUUGUGACUCCAGAUACGAUGCUGUGCCUUUUCUCAAAGGAACCGUCGGAGCCGGACUUUGAUGGGCUCGCCCUCACUCAGCCGCCUCACCAACAGACCUUUGUGGCCGGCAGCGACCUCAAGAAAGACAAGAUUGAGAUGAGAUACAAGAAGGCCUAUACAGCAGAUGAGGGAUCCGACGAUGUUACCGUGCCUAUUGCCAUCAAGGAAUGGUCACCAAAUGAUCCCAAGACCAAAGAGGCCGUUUAUCUCUGGGAUGUCACUCCAUCGUCUUCACCCACCAUAGAAGCACGCAGACUGCUGAUGGAAAGUCUAGCGAGCGACUACUUGAAGACGGUCCAGGAAAAGAUGGACAAGAAGUACUUUGACGACGACACUGCCACCUCUGCCCUCAUGGCGGCGCAGAUGGGCUCCGUCGCUUGGCGCCUCAAGCUCAAGCUCUCGCAGACAAAUGCCAGAGAUGAGCUCGAGAUAGACCCUAAUGUCACUCCGAGUGAUGCGCCUCUAUCUGAAUGGGCCCUUCGGCGUCGCCGUCAUCCAGUUCCAUCCCACGCAAUCCAGAAGCUCCCUCAGUACUACGCUACGAGGCCCGUCUUUUACUACCAGGUUUCGUCCACUGAGACGCCAUCGUCAAACACCAUAGUCGCAACGGACGUUGAACAAGAUCUCAUCUUCCGUAUCAAUCUCGAGCCUUACACAGCUGGGGAUUACAGGCUAGAGGAACUCAAGAUAAAGGUCCCGUUUGGCACACCGCAGCAGUUUCCACGCGUCCUCAUGGCAACAUACAAAGGCAGUGGAGCAGACAUGACAUCAAACAUCAGGUUCAACGUCAUGAUUGAUCUUGAAACAACCGAUGAAAAGGUAACGGGCAUGACCCUCCGCAUGGUCCCCCGGAGCAGACGCGGUUACGUGCCGGUAACGAGCUGCAGCGAAAUCAGCUUCAUCCUCAGCGGCGUCGUCGUCAGCCAAGUGACGCAGAAGACGUGGGUUGAUUUGGAGAUUAAGGAGCAUUAUGCGAAUCAAGGGGAGUGGAAUCCAAAGAACAAGCCUGAUAGUAUCGUCUUGGUCCCACCGCCUGCUGCGGAGAGGGCGAUGAACCUGAAGAGGAUCUUCUCAAGGGGGUUGUCCUAG